UAUACUUUUACAUACAGUUUAAUUUAUUUUUUAUUUUACUAACAUUGAAGAAGGCUUAAAGUUAAAACGUUUUAUUUUAAGAUUUUUUAUAAAAUCUUUUUUUUGAGACUUAUCUUUUACAAGGAUAUCCAGCAUCGGACACUUUGGGUUUUCAUUUUUGUUUAAUUUUGGAUAUUAUUAUUUGAGUUUUUAUAUUUGAGUCAAACUUAUAGUAUUUACUUCAAUGUUUUAAAUAUCUUGGUCAUGUCGACAAUAUAUGGCAGAAGAAAUGGAGUUUUCGUAUUGGACGAUCAACUGUCUACAAAAUAAUCUCGGAAACUUGUGCCGCAAUAUGGACAGCAUUGCAGCCCAUAUACUUGCCUACAAUGCAGAGGAAUGACUGGCAACAAGUAGCACAAGGAUUUCUGAACCAAUGGAAUUUUCCCAGCUUGGGAGCAGUUGGCGGAAAGCAUAUUCGUAUUCAAGCUCCUCCAAGAACAGGAUCGCUGUAUUAUAAUUAUAAAACAUUUCUUUCGAUUGUUCUGAUGGCAGCCUGUGAUGCAAACUAUAAAUUUACAUGGAUAGAUGUAGGUAACUAUGUGGCAUUUCUGAUGACGGAGUAUGGGCAAACUCCGACUUCGGUCGUAGCCUGGAGAGAGGGCAAAAACCAGAGACAGCGGGAAGAAGAAGAGGAAAAUGAAAUGAAUGAAGAAGAUUAUGAUAGAGAUGUUAGAGAGCUGGGACUGCGAGAAAUAAUUUUCAAUUACCGACUUUCGAGAGCUAGGAGAGUCAUAGAAAAUGCCUUUGGCAUAUUGGUUUCAAAAUGGAUCAUUCUGAAAGGCAGCAUCGCCUGCAGUCUAGAAAGUGUGAGACAAUUGGUGAAACAAUUAGCCUUAGUGGUGCUCCAUAACUUCCUCCUGUCCUCUGAGAAAUAAUUAUGCAACAGCACCGGUACAAUAUCCAAGGAUUAGAUGAUCAGAAAGGAUCAUAUGAUGAACUACUUCAAAAUGGUGCCUAGCGUCGAGAAGUAAUAUAAAUAUAUUUGAACGCAUUGAGAGAAUAGAUGCUAACAAUGCAGCUCUGAUGCCAUCAGAUUUAAAAAUAACUUAAGGGAUUAUUUCAUAAGUGAGAUUGAGUGGCAAUAUAAUGUUUGCUACUCGAAAUAAUCUUAUUAUGCGAAGACCAUUGUAAAAUUUAUUUAUUUCAUACAUAUUUCUAAAUCAUCAAGAUUCAUUUUUAUUACUUUUGAGAUGCAACAGUAAGACCAACUUUAUCAGCUAUCAGCUAAAGAAACAUUUUUAGUUUUCUCAUUUGAAUAAAUAACAUUUAUUAACAUAAUACAAUAGAAUUAAGUUAGAUUAGGUAAUAAAAUAAGGAAGCAUCAGAUCUAAGAAAAUAUAUUUAUAUACAUAAGUAAAUAGAUAAUACAAGUUUUCUUUUUA